CGCCCGGGGCGCCUCCCGGAGAGGCAGAGACGGAGCCGCCGCGAUGAGGGCCGCGCUGUGUCUGCUCUGCGCCGGGGCCUGGCAGCUGGUGUCCUCGGGCCGAGCCGCCGCCGCGCUGAAGUUGAGCUCCUUAGAGAAGUUUCAAUUUAAGUCAUGGAUGGUGCAGCACCAGAAAGAAUACAGUGUGAAGGAGUACCACCACAGGCAGCAGAUUUUUGCCCAAAACUGGAAGAAGAUCAAUGCCCACAACAAGGGGAACCACACAUUUAAAAUGGCACUGAAUCAAUUUUCAGACAUGAGUUUUGCUGAAAUAAAACGCAAAUAUCUUUGGUCAGAGCCUCAGAAUUGCUCAGCCACCAAAAGUAACUACUUUCGGGGUACUGGUCCCUACCCAACCUCUGUAGACUGGCGGAAAAAAGGAAAGUUUGUCUCCGCGGUGAAAAAUCAGGGGGCCUGCGGCAGUUGCUGGACCUUUUCCACCACAGGGGCUCUGGAGUCAGCCGUGGCCAUCGCUAGUGGGAAGAUGCUGUCUCUGGCAGAGCAGCAGCUGGUGGACUGUGCCCAGGGCUUCAACAAUCACGGCUGCGAAGGGGGUCUACCCAGCCAGGCAUUUGAGUACAUCCUGUACAACAAGGGCAUCAUGGGUGAAGACACCUACCCCUACAAGGGCAAGGAUGGUCGCUGCAGGUUCCAGCCCCAGAAGGCCAUUGCAUUUGUCAAGGACGUUGUGAACAUCACACUCAAUGAUGAAGAGGCGAUGGUGGAGGCAGUGGCCCUGUACAACCCUGUGAGCUUUGCCUUCGAGGUGACCGAAGACUUUAUGUCAUAUAAAAGUGGAAUCUACUCCAGUGCUUCCUGUCAUAAAACUCCAGAUAAAGUGAACCAUGCAGUACUGGCUGUUGGGUAUGGAGUAAACAAUGGUGUACCCUACUGGAUUGUGAAAAACUCCUGGGGCACAAAGUGGGGAAAUGAUGGGUACUUCCUCAUCGAGCGUGGGAAGAACAUGUGUGGCCUGGCUGCCUGUGCCUCCUACCCCAUCCCUCAGGUAUGAGCUGGGGUGCCAGCGGUGACUGGCUGGUGGACAGCAGCUGGCCUCCUGCCUUGGAGGACAGGUGGGGAUGUCUACCCAGGAGCCCCUUGCUUUCCACCUUCACUCCUGUGCCAAGGAGGGGGAGUCCCUGCACCACAGACAUAUCACCAGCCAUGUGCCUUACCUGUGGUUUUCAACGCAGUCAACCCCAGUGGACAGAGAAUACUCUCCAGAGGAGCCAUUCCACAUGUGCAUACUGCUCCAGUGACUACGUUUUCUAUGUUUUGUUCAAUAAAUGUUCAGGACCAGACACAA